UGGUUGCGCCGAGCCCCACGAAGCGGACCAUGCGGCUGUUCCCCGUCUUCACGCUGCUGCUCCUGCUUCUCCACAGCUCAGGGCUGGCUCUGCAGAUCCAGUGCUAUCAGUGCGAGGAGAUGACACACGACUGCUCCACGCCGGAGUUCGUGGUCAACUGCACCGUGAACGUGCAGGACAUGUGCCAGAAGGAGGUUCUGGUGAAGGACGACGGGAUUCACUACCGCAAGUCCUGCGCCUCGUCGGGAGCCUGCCUCAUCGCCUCGUCCGGCUACCAGCAGUUCUGCACCGGCAAGCUCAACUCGGUGUGCAUCGCCUGCUGCAACACGCCGCUGUGUAACGGGCCGCGGCAGAAGAAACGACCGCAGUCGGCGGCGGCGGCGGCCGUUACCCUGCCCGUGUUCUCUCUCUCUGUUUUUGUCCUCCUGUCCUCCGCACUGCGCUGACACACCGUCAGAGUGGAGGCGACGUGUAUGAACUGAGGAACACGCACAUCUUCAUCCUCUCACGUGGUCACGGUGCGGCUGCGCAGGCCGUGGAACGGCUUCUGGCUACUUUCUGGCGCAGCAGCUGGCUCGUUUGCAUCCACCUUUGUUUACUUACACUCCCCCAAGGUCAAAUGAGACGUAUUGGAAACAAAAAAGUGAGUUCAGAUUCAUUAUUCAUUUUCUGAGCUUCUGAUUUUAUUUUUUAGAUAUCAAAAGCCUCACGGAAAAACACAAUGUAUGACAAUGACUGUUUAAUGAUUGAAAACGGUAUUUGGAUGAAGAAAAUCACUCAUGCGAGUCAUAAUGUUUUAAGCCACCGACUUAUCCGAAAAGUUUUAUCCUGAAACUUUCCCCCACUUGUCAUGUCUGCUCACACACACAUAGAGCUGCAGGAGCAUGUUGAAAUACAGAAACCUUUUUUUAAAGUAGCCACCACAUGUAUUCUUCUUUCCAUAAUGACGAGAGCCGUUUGCAUUGAGGUUGAGUAGGACAUCUACGUCACCGCUGAUGGAGUUUGAAGAUGGAGUUUGGAAGUUACCCUAAAGGUUACGCUCAUCCUUCGAUCAGGGAAUAUGUCAAAGGUCCCCUGUGGAGUUUUGUGAAUGUGUCCUGGAGUCCUAAAAAACACAGCGAAUGCAUUUUUUUUUUAAAGACAAUAUUUUGAGCUCUGCAGUGCUUACCCAACUUUUUUUUUCUUUUU